AUGACUGCUGGUACUGGAGAUGUCCUCUUCCGCGCUCUUUCUCGCACAUUCUCCGCUGAAUCGCGGCGGAAGCAAGAAGAGGAGCAGUGGAGAGAUGAGUACCCUAGCGAUAGCGACAGCGUCAGGACGAAGGUCGAACCCUGGAGACUUGACGAAUCUGUAAAGGAGAUGCAACUUAACGACACGGCGGAGAGCAGAAGCCUUGGAGUGACAUGGAAGGACCUCACAGUUCAAGUGGUUCCGUCAGAUUCGGUGUUGCAAGAGAACGUUUUGAGCCAGUUCAAUAUCCCGCAACAGAUGAAAGAGUCUCGUGCUAAGAAACCGUUGAAGACAAUUCUGGAUUCCAGCUCUGGAUGCGUGAAGCCUGGAGAGAUGUUACUUGUACUUGGUCGACCUGGCUCUGGCUGCACUACACUACUGAAGAUGCUGGCCAACAAGCGGAAAGGAUUUGCUCAAAUCGAUGGAGACGUUCAUUUUGGCACCCUUGGCGCUAAGGAAGCACUGCAGCAUCGAGGUUACAUCGUGAUGAAUACAGAGGAGGAACUGUUUUACCCCACCCUCACAGUUGGGAAGACGAUGGACUUCGCUACGCGACUCAACGUUCCGAACAAACUACCAAAGGAUGUAGAAAGCCGCGAGAGUUACCGAAAGAAGUUCAAGUCGUUCUUGAUGGACUCCAUGGGUAUAUCUCACACUGAGGACACGAAGGUCGGUGACGCGUUCGUCCGUGGUGUCUCUGGUGGAGAGCGAAAGCGAGUCUCAAUCAUAGAAACGCUGUGCACACGAGCGAGUGUCGUGUGCUGGGACAACUCGACUCGAGGACUGGAUGCAUCCACCGCUCUUGAGUAUACACGAGCUCUACGAUCUUUGACAGAUGCCAUGGGUAUCGCCACCGUCGUCACGCUCUAUCAGGCCGGUAAUGGAAUUUAUGAUCUCUUCGACAAAGUCCUGGUACUUGAUGAAGGCAAGCAGAUCUUCUAUGGCUCUCGAAAGGAGGCGCGUCCAUUCAUGGAGGCGCAAGGUUUUGUAUGUGGUGAAGGAGCCAACGUGGCCGACUACCUUACAGGCGUCACAGUUCCCAGCGAGCGACAAAUCAAUCCCGACUUCGAGUCGCGCUUCCCGCGCACCAACAUUGAGCUCGAGCAGGCCUAUCGCCAGUCGUCCAUAAAAUCUACCAUGGAUCGCGAACUGGACUACCCCACGUCAGAUGAAGCUAAGACAAAUACUGAAAAUUUCACCGAAGCGGUUAGCCUAGACAAGUCCAAUCAUCUCCAGAAGUCUUCGCCCAUGACUGUCUCGUUCGUGGAUCAAGUAAAAGCCUGUGUCAUUCGUCAAUAUCAGAUCAUCUGGGGAGACAAGGCGACGUUCAUCAUCAAACAGUCCUCGGCAUUGGCUCAGGCCAUCAUAUCUGGGUCUCUUUUCUACAAUGCGCCAGACAACUCCUCUGGCCUCUUCGUGAAGGGAGGCGCGCUAUUCUUGGCUCUUUUGUUCAAUUCUCUCAUGGCCAUGUCCGAGGUCACCGAUUCUUUUGCCGGACGUCCGAUCUUGGCUAAGCAGAAGAACUUUGCCUUCUUCAACCCUGCUGCCUUCUGCAUUGCACAGGUCGCGGCAGAUAUUCCCAUAUUAUUGUUUCAAGUUUCUGCAUUCAUGGUGGUUCUUUACUGGAUGACUGCUCUCAAAGCAACGGCGGCGGCGUUUUUUACUGCCUGGUUCGUGGUAUACCUCACGACAUUUGUGAUGACAGCCUUUUUUCGUAUGAUCGGAGCGGCAUUUUCCACAUUCGACUCUGCUUCCAAAGUAUCUGGCUUUGCUAUUACCGCCUCCAUUCUAUACAUUGGGUACCAAAUUCCGAAGCCAUCAAUGCACCCCUGGUUCGUCUGGAUUUUCUGGAUCAACCCCAUGGCAUACGGGUUUGAGUCACUGAUGGCAAACGAGUUUAAAGACACGGUCAUUCCAUGUGCCAACGCCAACCUGAUACCGAACUACCUACCCCAGUACCAGAACCUUGCAAACCAAGCUUGCUCCGGAGUAGGAGGUGCUACUCCAGGCGCCACCUCGGUGACUGGCGAAGCUUACCUUGCUAGCCUGUCUUACUCACCUUCCAACAUCUGGCGCAACGUCGGUAUCCUUUUCGCGUGGUGGUUCCUCUUUGUGGGGCUUACUAUAUACAACACGCAGCGCUGGGACGAUGCCGCUGGCUCCACUGGAGCGCUCCUGAUUCCUCGCGAGAACUACAAGAAGGUCCCGCUGCUUGCAGAGGAUGAGGAGGCACAAACUACCGAGAAGACUCAGCGAGGCUUCGCAGCUGAUGAAAGUGAUGCUACUAACACACCCGAGGAGAACACUGGGGCUAACCUCGUGCGCAACACGUCCGUCUUCACUUGGAGGAACCUAUCGUAUGUUGUUAAGACGCCUUCGGGAGAUCGCACCCUGCUCGACAAAGUCAGCGGCUAUGUGAAGCCAGGCAUGCUCGGCGCACUCAUGGGAUCCUCUGGAGCCGGCAAAACAACACUGCUUGAUGUCCUGGCGCAACGAAAAACCGACGGUACCAUUCAUGGCGAAAUUCUUGUCGAUGGUCGCCCACUUCCUGUGUCAUUCCAACGAUCUGCCGGGUACUGUGAGCAACUCGAUGUACAUGAGCCUUUCGCCACCGUUCGGGAAGCGCUCGAGUUUUCAGCCUUACUCCGCCAAAGUCGCGAUACGCCCCGUGAAGAGAAGCUUGCUUAUGUCAACACAAUCAUUGAUCUUCUGGAGCUGCACGAUCUGGAGCAUACUCUUAUUGGCAGGGUGGGUGCCGGCCUCAGCGUCGAGCAACGCAAGCGUGUCACGAUUGGUGUUGAGCUGGUAUCAAAACCAUCCAUCCUCAUCUUUCUCGACGAGCCAACAUCUGGUCUCGAUGGCCAGGCAGCUUUCAACACUGUCCGUUUCCUCCGGAAACUCGCCGACGUUGGCCAGGCCGUACUCGUAACUAUCCACCAACCGUCUGCCCAGCUCUUUGCCCAAUUCGACACACUACUGCUACUCGCGCGUGGAGGAAAGACCGUCUACUUCGGCGACAUAGGCGACCAAGCCUCCACCAUCAAAGAAUACUUCGGCCGCAACGGUGAACAAUGCCCACCAGGUGCAAACCCCGCAGAACACAUGAUCGACGUCGUCACCGCAACCCAAGGCAAAGACUGGCACCAAGUCUGGCUCGACUCCCCCGAAGCCGCACAAAUGACUCAAGACCUCGACCACCUCAUCUCCGACGCCGCCGGCAAGGAACCAGGCACAAAGGACGACGGCCACGAAUUCGCCACCCCUAUUGGCACCCAAAUCAGACUCGUAACGCAGCGCAUGAACGUCAGCCUCUUCCGCAACACAGACUACGUCAACAACAAACUCGCCCUCCACACCGGCAUAGGCCUGUUUGUCGGCUUCUCCUUCUGGCAGCUCGGCACCUCCGUCGCAGACCAGCAGCUCGUCCUCUUCGCUAUCUUCAACUACAUCUUCGUCGCGCCCGGUGUAAUGGCCCAGCUGCAACCCCUUUUCAUCGACCGCCGCGACAUCUACGAGACGCGCGAGAAGAAGUCAAAGAUGUACUCCUGGUACGCCUUCACCACAGGUCUAAUCGUCUCGGAGAUCCCCUACCUUAUCCUCGGAGCAGUGCUGUACUUCCUGUGCUCCUACUACACACAAAGCUUCCCCAGCGCGUCAGACAAAGCAGGCGCAUCCUUCUUCGUCAUGCUCGUCUACCAAUUCAUAUACACCGGCAUCGGGCAGUUCGUCGCCGCAUACGCGCCAAACGCCGUAUUCGCCUCGCUGAUAAACCCAAUACUCAUCGGCACCAUGGCGUCGUUCUGCGGCGUUCUGGUACCAUAUGAUCAGAUAACAGCCUUCUGGCGCUACUGGCUCUACUGGCUAAAUCCCUUCACUUACCUCAUGGGCAGCCUGCUCGUCUUCGCAGACUACGAUUGGCCCGUACACUGCACCGACGCGGAACUCGCGCGCUUUUCGCCCCCCGCGGGUCAGACAUGUGCGCAGUACCUCGAUGCGUGGCUGAGUGGGCCGGGGGCGAGGAAUAAUUUAAUCAACCCGGACGCGACGACUGAUUGUAGAGUGUGCCAGUACCGCGUUGGCAGCGAUUACUUGUACACGCUGAAUCUGAAGGAGUAUUACUAUGGGUGGCGGGAUGCGGCGAUUUGUGUUAUCUUUGCGUUGUCGAGUUAUGCGAUGGUGUUUUUGCUUAUGAAGCUUAGGACCAAGGCGAGUAAGAAGGCGGAGUAA